UAGAGGAGAAGGUGGGUGAGGGGAAGGAGUAUGGCUCAGAUCCAGACCUAUCUCGCAAAAAUUGCCACCACCGUUCUCUUCUCCAGUUGUAUGGAGGUCACGGAGAAAGGAAAGAAAGCAGGGAGGGGUCUAAUUAGUUUAUGAUUAAACAAUAUUUGUGAAAUAAAAAUGAAAUCCGAAUUUUUUUGAACUAAAGAAGGCCUCAACCGAUAAGAAGACGGAGCGCAUUGCGAGUCUCAGUCUGGACGCUCUAUAGCGUUAGCGUUUGGAAAAAAGACAAAGGAAAAAAAAACCGGCAGAGUGGGCCGACUCACUCGCUCCCUCUCCCCAAACCCCUCGCCUUCGCCUCCCCGGCCACCGCCGCCCGCAGCAUUUCACUCCCCAGGCCCUCGUCGCGACCGCACCCCCGGCGCCGGAGAGCGGGGCUAGGGUUCGGCGCCGCGGGAGGGCUGCUGUUCUUCCCGCGGGGUCAGCAUGGGGGUUGUGCACUAUAGGUACCGGAGCGGGGUCCAGACCUUCUCCUUGCCGAUCCCCGGCGCCUUCGCCUCCGUCGCCGACCUCAAGCGCCUGAUCGCCGCCACGGCGCGCCACGGCAGCGGCCGGACCAGGGGCCGCGGCCCGCGGGACGGCAUCGCGCUCUGCGACCCCCGCACCGGGCAAGAGUAUGUCGAUGAGGAUACCAUGAUACCUCAGAAUUCCACGGUGCUGGUGCACCGGAUUGCUCGACUCUCGACAGACGUGAUCCAGAUUGCUGGAAGUCUGACAGACGCGAUUACUGCAUCGCCCAUAAUCUUAGAGAAUGAUGAGGUGGCAUCCAACAAGCCAGUUACUGAAUCAAUGCAGAAAUCAGGUGCAUUUACUGGAACAGAUGAUGAAGAGAUCACAGCAAUUAGAACUGUCAUUAAUGCAGCUGAGAUUAAGUGGGGAGGUUCUUUAUCUGGAGGUGGAUAUGAUGGUGGACAGUUGGGCCACCAUUGUGGUCGUCCAAUGGAAGGGGAGGCACCCCCUCCUGACUAUGUUUGCCGUGUUUGUUGUAUUCCUGGACAUUUCAUUUGGCAGUGCCCAACAGGGAGCAAGCCGCCUCCACCUGGUUAUAUCUGUCACAAAUGUGGAGUCCCAGGGCACUUUAUUCAUUCUUGCCCAAACGAAAUACGUGUGAAGUCGUGUUCUAGAAAAAAAAAUUCUUGCCCAAACUAUGGCAACAGGAAAUAUGAUUGCAGAAGAACCAGUUCAUUGAUCCCCAUUGUAUCUAGCUUUGAUGAUGUCAUCCUAGCAGAACUGGCCCAGGACAUGUCUAGCAGUGUAGCUGAUAGUUUGCCAGCAGAACUUCACUGCCCACUAUGCAAGAAGGUCAUGAUAGAUGCAAUGUUGUCAAGCAAGUGCUGUUAUGAUAGUUUCUGUGAUAAAUGCAUUCGGGACUACAUUAUUACUCAAUCGAAGUGCCUUUGUGGUGUCGAAAUACUUGCAGAUGACCUAAUUCCCAAUCCAACCCUUAGAAUUACAAUCUCAAGCUUGUUAUCAUCAAGGGCUGGUGGCCUUUCCAGUGGCACAGGGAAUCUUGCAAGCUCCAAUAGCAGCAAUUUGGAUGGCAAUUCUGUCACCGCUUCCGCUGUGUUAAAAUGGGACACUAAGCAACAAAUGGAUAGUGCACCAUCGGCUACUACUGAAGGCAGUUGCUUGGUAACUGCGUGCAAGAAUCCAGUGGAGAAAUCAACACAUUCUGAUCUCCAGAGUAAAACUGAAGAGACUGAAAAAACAUCAGUGAAGAAGACCAAAGCCGCGGCAGGUGCCACGGAAACCUUUCCUGAACCAAGAUGCCAGAAACAGCUGGAACCUGAUGGUGUAGCAAUAGUUUCAGGGAAGCUUGAGCAAAAAGUGGUUAGGACUAAGCAAAAGAAGGCUGGCGCCACUGGAAAUGUAAACACCAACUGUGCUGAAUAUGGUUUCAACAGUCCUUUUGAACCACCAUGUUAUGACUCUUUGUUUGGACUGGGAGGACAGCCUUGGGGAGCCAAUCCUUACAUGUACUAUAUGAAUAUGCCUUCGUUCAGCUACCCUCUGGGCCCUUAUAAUGUCAAUGACAUCAGUAACUUACCGCUGCACGGUCCUGGAUUGCAAGGCUACCCAGCUGUCCCAGCAAUCCAUUACAGCAAUGAAUUCCAGCCCAGAGAUCUCCAGGACACUGAAGCUUCUGCACACGCAAGGCAGUCCAAGAGAAGCAAAGGUGCAGGACCACGAUCUCACAAACCAGAACGAUAUCGUCCCCACACCUCAACUCAGAAAGGAGGAUCCAAGAGAGGGGGCAGGUCGUUUCAGGAGACGACAACGUUGGACAGCAGCAUUGAGUCUGACGACUAUGAGGAGAUUCAUGGUCAGAAGAAGGUGGGAGCGCAUCCUACUACCAGUCCUAGGGACGGUGGUCAGCGUCGACAUGACCAGGACAGUAGUAUCUCCGAGUUACCUGACAACAAUGAGGAGCCCCAUGGCAGGGAGGAAGCUCGAGCGCGUUCAAGAAGUCCGAGAUCCAGCUCCAGGCACUCGUACAAGCGACACGCGUACGAGGGCUCGACAACUUCAAGCGCUGAUGACGCCGAUGAGGAGAUCAACUUCAAGCGAAGAUGGUAGCGCACGCAGGUCAUCACAAUAUGUUGUCCUGAAUUUUGGAACUUCUGAAGCGCCACGAACCACGAUCUGGUGUUUGCUAGCAUGUAUAUAUGUUAAUUUGACGUCAGAAGAAAGCGACGACUUUAUUAGAGAGGUGCAAUGGCCACUGGGACUGUUAUCAGUUGUCCAAUGAGCUCGCUGAUUGGACAGCGACUUGUGUAAUUGGAUUCUUCGCCUGGAGAUCAAUUCGCGUAAACGUGUGUGUAACUGGGCGCGUGUUGCCGGUGUAGUACCAUCUGAAUUUGCCUUGCCUGAAACACGGAGCGUGCAUAGCUUAGCAGCUGUCACCGGGCUCGAUGUUUGUUUGUCCAAGGGAUUUUUAUAUGCGUUGGUCAGUUGGUCUCGUCGUUGCAUUAGGUUUUUGCACCGAUUAUUGCAGGCCUCCCCUCUUCCUGUUUGGUUCCAGCAACAAGAAUGUAACGACGAGAUGUGCAUAUA